CUCAGCUGGGGCAGCAGGUGACAGUUGAGCUCGUCCGAGGAACAGCACGACCUCACUCAGGCUACCAACAUAACAGCGACACUCACAGCGCUAAAAAAAAAAAAACUCUAUACUUUACAUUAUACACUGCGUCAUUUGAGAAUCCUUCCCCCCCCUCGUUGGUACCACAAAGCUCGCAAGCAUUUGUCCAGCAAUCGUCUGACGUCGACAGGCAGAGAGACGAAGGACUUAAUCGGCACGACGUCUACCGAAGGCUUUCGUUCUUGUCCUGGUAACUACUGACAGGCCGCCGCCGACCAUGUCAGAGCCGACCGUGGAGGUGAAGCUGGAGGUGAAGCAGGCGAGCAAAGAGGUGAAAGAGAGCGAAAACGUAGCCGAGAAAUAUUCUGUCAUGACGGUGAGCAAGAACACCGAGAUGAACAUGGAAGAGUUGUCGUCCGCCUUCAGCGCCGUGCCCACUCACAAGCCGGUUAAAAAGCAAAUCCAGUUUGUGGAGGACAAGCAGGAGUUCAGCCGGUUCCCCACCAAGGCAGGCCGUCGUUCCCUGUCCCGCUCCAUUUCCCAGUCGUCCACCGACAGCUACAGCUCAGCUGCGUCCUACACAGACAGCUCAGACGACGAAACUUCACCUCGGGACAAAACACAGAUCAACUCCAAGGGCAGCAGUGACUUCUGCGUCAAGAACAUUAAACAAGCAGAGUUUGGGAGACGUGAGAUUGAGAUUGCCGAACAAGACAUGUCGGCACUGAUCGCUCUCCGGAAGCGAGCGCAGAGUGAGAAACCAUUGGCAGGUGCCAAAAUUGUGGGCUGCACUCACAUCACCGCACAGACCGCAGUGCUGAUUGAGACACUGGUGGCUCUUGGGGCUCAGUGCCGCUGGACCGCCUGCAACAUUUACUCGACACAAAAUGAAGUGGCCGCUGCUCUGUCAGAGAUAGGUGUAGCCGUGUUUGCCUGGAAGGGGGAGUCCGAGGAUGAUUUCUGGUGGUGUAUCGACCGAUGUGUCAACACUGAAGGAUGGCAGCCUAAUAUGAUCCUGGACGAUGGAGGUGACCUGACACACUGGAUGUACAAGAAAUACCCAAAUGUCUUCAAGAAGAUCCGAGGCAUCGUAGAGGAGAGCGUCACUGGGGUUCACAGGCUGUAUCAGCUCUCCAAAGCGGGCAAACUGUGCGUGCCAGCCAUGAAUGUGAAUGAUUCUGUGACGAAGCAGAAGUUUGACAACCUUUACUGCUGCAGAGAGUCUAUCUUGGACGGCUUGAAGAGAACCACAGAUGUCAUGUUUGGAGGCAAGCAAGUGGUUGUGUGCGGUUACGGUGAGGUUGGAAAAGGUUGCUGUGCUGCAUUGAAAGCUCUCGGGGCGAUUGUCUACAUCACAGAGAUCGAUCCUAUUUGUGCUCUGCAAGCUUGCAUGGAUGGAUUCAGAGUUGUCAAGCUGAAUGAGGUCAUUCGCCAUGUUGAUAUCACCAUCACAUGCACCGGAAACAAGAAUGUGGUGACCAGAGACCAGCUGGACCGCAUGAAAAAUGGCUCCAUUGUGUGCAACAUGGGGCACUCCAAUACUGAGAUUGAUGUGGCAAGCCUCCGCACCCCCGAGCUGACAUGGGAGAGGGUGCGUUCGCAGGUCGAUCACGUCAUUUGGCCCGACGGCAAGAGAGUCAUUCUGCUAGCUGAAGGACGCCUCCUCAAUCUCAGCUGCUCCACUGUUCCAACCUUUGUGCUGUCCAUCACCGCCACCACUCAGGCACUGGCCCUGAUAGAGUUGUACAAUGCUCCAGAGGGACGAUACAAGCAAGAUGUUUACCUGCUUCCUAAAAAAAUGGAUGAAUACGUGGCCAGUCUUCACCUAGCAACUUUUGAUGCCCACCUGACGGAGCUUAGUGAUGAGCAAGCAAAAUAUUUGGGCCUGAAUAAGAACGGUCCCUUCAAACCCAACUACUACAGGUACUAGCUUGCAAAAAGCGACACCUCGGCACGCCCAUGUGUUGAUGACAGCCAAGACACAAGACCUGUUAGUGUAUGUCCUAUUUUGUAGUCUACGCAAGAAGACAUUUUAGUGUAUGUUCAUAUUCGUUUCAUCUACUUUAUUUCACAGAAAUGCUUGUGGUAGUCCACAUUAACACACAAAUGUAUUUAGAAUUUUGUGCCAAAUAACUGUAAAAGGGAAGGCUCACAUAUUUAAAAUAGUAAUGGUUCACCUUAUGUGAUGGAAAGAAAUUAAUUCCCUGGGAUGUGAUGUUUUAUAACCUUGUGCAAGGGAAUCUGUGAAAUCUUUUAACCUGACUGCUACUUAUAAUUGUCCAUCAACAUUAUGUAUGAGACAUGGCCACUGUCGACGGCAAGUCUAACCUUGUCUAAUUUUAACAAUAAUGAGUCAUCGAUAGUAUAUGGACCAAACAACAGUAUUGGUAUGCAAAUAUUAUUCAAUAAUUCAUUUUUUUUCUACUUAGUCCCUUGUAGCACUUACCUGCGCUUCUAAAUGAGCCAUAAAAUACGUUGGCAUUUGAUACCGUCCUGCAGGCGGAAAACUUUGGUUACUUGCUGACUGAAUCACAUUCCAAAUGAUAAGCUAGAGAAGAAAUGUUCUUGCCUCUGUAGUGUCAAGUCUCCGUGAAGAAUCACCACCUGUAUGUAAACUAAAUCUCGUACUUGAUGAUCCCAGAAAACGUUGAUUUGUUCGUAAAAAGAAUGAUAAGACGGUGCAUGCAACUCAGGGCGGUUAAAAACAGGGAUGUCUAUAGCAGAGGUCACCAAUUUGUUUGGAAACUGAGAGCUGCUCUUUUGGAUACUGAUUAAAGUGUUUGUUUUUGUCUAGGUUAAAACAUGAUAAUGAUUUCUAACAUGACUAAUUUAAGCAUGUUGGAAAAAAAUAAAUUAUUAUGCAACACUUUAUUCCUAUUAAUCUAGCCUCCAAUUGUUUACGUUUUCAAAGGAUCACUUCUGCAAAAUUCCGAGGAAAUUACUGGUGGGCAAAUUUUAAACAGGUCCAUGAGCUCCUCACAUUGGUGACCUCUGGCCUAUAAGCGUUGAUGUCAGUCUUAGGAUGUAAUCAAAUAGAUGAAAUGAAGUAGUCCACUGUGAAAGCGUAAUGCUGCGUAUUCUAUUGUGUCUAGAACACGUGAGUCACACACUGCAUGCUCUGCAAAGUCUAGAACAUUGUUUUGUACUGUAUACACAGCCACCAAUAGAUCAUCUCGGUGGAGUUUCUAAAAACAACACACCCAUACACAAAAUAUGCGUUGUGAGAUUUGUCUAAAGAUUUUUCUCGCAAUAUUUUUGUAACAAAGACAUCUGGAACAAUGACGAGCUUUGGUAUCUUUUUAGAGAUGUUAUAGUUAGCUGUACAUUCUUGUGCUUUUUGCACUGCUCACAUUUUUCAGUUCAACCUGCUACCAAUUGUGAGGCUUCUUAUCACACGUACAAUUAGAUUAUUUCUGUACUUCUUGUGUUUUAAAUUUUAAAGACCAUGUUGAAUUAUUUAGCUGAGAUAGAGUCUUGCUUUUAUGUGUUCCGACAUGCAUUCGAUCUUUACUAUGUGGGCCACUUAAUUACUAUCUCAAAUGAUAAAAUCUACUCAUUUGGCCUUUCAUUUUAGCACCUUUUUGCAGAUUUGUGCAUUGAAGUUUUUCUUUCUAUCCACUGAGUUUAAUUUAAAAGUAGCCUUGCGUGAGCUACUAUGUCACCGUUGCAUUUGUAAUUUCAAGAGCAUAUGAACCAAAGGUAAACUUAUCUAUGAGGACACAGGAAGCUGAGUGCCGUAACCAUGGUUACGGCGCAGCUGACAGUGCCUUGUGACUCAGUACAGUUUGUAUCUGCCGUACAUGUGUCUGUUUUUGCAAGUAUUGCUGAUACCAACAUGGUGUUCCGCUAUGCAGUUUUCGUCUGUUAAAAAUGAUUUAAUCCUGCAGUGGUGGGGGGGGGGGAUCUUACUCAUGUCUUCAUAACAGUAAUUUUAAGUGAAUACACAAUGUUUUGUUCUC